UCCGUCGUCCGUUCGYGUCUGUCGUCGUCGUCGCGGUUCGCCUCCGUCAUCGUCGUCACCGCAGUCUCCGCCACCGGCGCUUCGAGUACUUACUAGUUACUACGAGUUUCUGCCUCACCAGCAUUUCUCCGCGUACGACUGAAAUCCGUCACUACCAGCCCUGCAGUAUUUCUGUGUCGCUGUGUAAUCUGGYGCGUGCAAUAAUCUCCAUUUGUGUCCUGAGGUCAUAGCCCAUAAAUUUGGAUCACUGAACGCCAGAACAAUACACCUGUGUCUUGGCUAAGUGUUCCUCCGGCCACAAUCGUAAAAUCGUGAUGAUCACGGCUCCUUCGUCAUACAGGUUUUAAACGAUUUGUCACUCGAGUUGGUUUAUGUCGGACGGUGAAAAAAGAUAAAAGGGUCCAAAAAAAGCAACCAUGUUGAAACACGUGCACCGAGCAAAAUGUGCCGACACACUUAGCAUUGUGUCUACGGCAAGUUCUUUCAACCAUGAGCCAAUGUCUAGUAGGUGUUCAAGCAUAACUUCGUUGAACAUUUCAAACCCAGUCGAUACAAUCAAAGUAUACACAAAGUGUUUGCGUGCCGACCUUGAGUACAAAACACUCGGGCUGGCUUAUACGACGACUUGCAGUGAAGUGAUAUCAAUUCUGCUCAACAAAUACCGAAUGCGUCACAGGGAUCCGAAUUUGUUUUACAUGACCAUGGAAAUAAACCUCAGGAAAAUCGGACUCAGAACUGUUUUUGUCUUGGACAACGAAUCGUGUCCUGCCGUGUUGCAGUCAUGCCACCCUAGAGGAGAAUCGAGGUUUUGCUUGCAAUCCAAAAAAGGUGGCCUUGUGAAAGUGUACGACGGUGAACUGAUGCCAGGGUCCAAGUAUAAAAGCUUAUUGAUCUCUGAACGCACUACCGUCGACGAGCUGAUCAGAAUAUUGCUCAACUGUUAUAAUAGCAAAGAGCAAGUCGAACAGUUUUCUUUGUACGAGUUAUCAAAAUCUGAAGAAUACCAACGCAAACUUCACCACGAUGACAUACCAUUGAAUGUGCAAUGCUGUUGGCCGCUCAAUAGCGACUACAUUUUCAUCAUUAAAAGGAAUCCGAACUACAAGUCGAAACAAGUCCAAAAUAAAUUUAAUUUGGAUAUUGAAGAUUAA